AUGUUAUCAAUCAAUCAAUCAACUCCUUUAAAUUAUUUUUAUGACAAAAUUAGCAAUAUUCCCGUUGUUUUGAAAUCUAUUGAAUUUUAUGGUGUUACAAUGACUAAACGUGAUGCUUUAAUUAAAGAAGUUUCUGAAUUAUUUAAUGCAAAAAAUUUAGAUCAACUUAUUAAAAUGGCAAAUACGGCUUCUAUUCAUAUGCAGAAAAUGGGCCUUUUUGAAGUUUGUUUACCAAAAAUCGAUACUUCAGGUGAUUCUGAUUAUUCUGUCAAAUUUACUGUUCAAGAGAAUAAAAGACCUAUAAAAUUAAAUAUAAAAAUGGAAAUGAAGACAAGUGGAGAUACUGAUGCGGGUGUUACUGCUAGAAGAACUAACAUAUUUGGCCGUGGAGAGUGUGCAGAAUUAAAUUAUUCUAAAGGAAUUAAAGAACAUGGAGGGUAUAAUUUUGGAUUCACAGCUGUAAAACCAUUUCUUGGCUGGGAAAAUUAUAAUAAUUUGAGUGCCCAUUUAUUCAAAAACACUGAUUAUUUUCGAUGGAAUAAAUGUGAUUCUGUAGAGAAUGCUGCUGUUUUACAAUUAAAUACCGGAUUUUUAUCUAAUCGAAUUAUCUCUUCUUUGAGGCUAAAUAUGAUUUGGCGUCUUUUUCUUCCAAAAAACGAAACUCCAUUUCCCAUUCGUGAACACGCUGGCCAUACAACAAAAUUCUCUGUUGAACAUUUAAUUUAUAAAGAUACUAGAGAUAGAUUAAUAAUUCCAGAAUUUGGGUCUUUAUAUAAAUUAACUAAUGAAUUGGCUGGUUUGGUUGGGGAUACUUCUUUCUUCAAAUCAAUUUUUGAUUAUCAGACAUCCAUCACAGACCCAUUUUAUGGUUUAAUAUUUUCUUUAUCAACUCGUUUUGCUUUUAUAAAAUCUUUGGGUCAAAGAGAAUGUUUACAUUUACUUGACAGAAUUUAUUUGGGUGGCCCCUAUGAUUUGAGAGGAUUUGAACAAAAUUCAAUUGGAAUCCAAACAGAAAAUUGUUCUCUUGGCGGUGUUGCUUCUUUCUCUAAUGUUUUUCAUAUUUAUGCGCCUUUAAUACCUUCUGACACGGUAUUUGCCCAUUUAUUUCUCGCUUCUGGUUCAUUAAGUUUAAAACACUCAAAUAAUUUAUUGACCGAUCUCAUAAUGAAGCAAAGAAUUUCAGCGGGUAUUGGAUUGGCAAUUAAUUUUUUUAAUACUGCCCGACUUGAAUUAAAUUAUGUUUUGCCUCUUCGUUAUUUUCCUGGGGAUAAUUGUUCGUCUGGAUUACAAUUUGCUGCGGGAAUUAAUUUUUUGUGA